CACCGUAGUUGUUAUGUUUGUUUUAGUGAAAGCAAAAAUGGCGAACGAUCUCGACAGAGUGCGAAUCUCUGCAGCGGAACUCCGUGCUGAAGUCUCAAAUUCUGUCAAAAUCAACAGUAGUCAGAGAGGACAAGAAAACAAUCUAACAGAGGAACAGCAGAAGGUGCACAACCCACAUAAGAAGCGUGAAGGGAAGAGGCCAGAUCUGCAGCGAUAUCAGCCAUCAGUAGGAAGGCGCCAUAGGGACAGCGAGGAAAGUGACCCGAUUAUCCCUUGUCAAAAUGCAGACCAUGUUUCACUAGAAUCACAAAAACUGCUCAAAACAAAUGAAAAGAUGGCACAUGGACAGGAGAGCACAGAUGGAGGAGCUGUUUCGAACAAAAGAAUGGAAGAUCGAGUGAGAGGUGAUGGUAGUAACACCCAGAACUCUAAAAAAACACCACCACCCGCUAAAACAGAAGAGAAUCGGGAAAAGGACUGCGUUGAUAAUGACGGGGAACAACAGGAACUUGCCGGAGCUGCGAAGACGCCAAAAAAGACUCGAAAACCGGACAGAGAAUUUUAUCAACCUGGCAGCCGAAGAAAGGAUGUUCGAGAGCAAGACAAAUCUGUGAAUAAAAAGAGUGAAUCACAGCCACAUUCAAGUACAUCAGAAAAGGAAGGAGAUAAAAAUAGUUCAGCACAAAAGAAAGCCGUGAUGGAGACCACUGUUGAAAAUAAGACCUCACCAUCAGAGGCGUCAAUGGAAAAACUGCUGAACAAAGUGGAAAAUCUUAGUGUAAAGGAAAAAAGCAAAUCAGGAGAGAGAGGGGAGGGGAAGGGGGAGGGCAACUCUAAAAAUGCAAAGCAAUUGGAUAAAACUAAAAAAACUAAAAGUGUUGAGAAAUCAGAAGAAGAUGUUAAAAAGAAAUCAAAUCGUAGGAAGAACGACAAAGGAGAACUGGACAAAGACAAAACACAUAGAGCUGGAGAGGAAAAACAACGCAAAUCCAAAGAACCUCGUAAGAAAGGAGACAGUUUCCAUAAUGACAAGUCACAAGACACUGUCAAAAAAGUUAAAAGUGAGCUACCUGAGAACAGGCCUGUAGAAAGAGCAGAUCAAAACAGGCCCACUCCAAAUUCAAAACGUUACUCUAAAUCUGACAUAAGGCGAUCCCGAAAUCGAACAUACAGCAGUAGCUCAGCCAGCAGUGUAACUAGUCUAGAUGGUCCCAGGGCAGUGGCAGAGACUAGGAGGCGGCCCAAGCCUAAAGAUAAUCCAAAAGAGACCAUAGUUUUAAACAAAGAAGGCCGAAGGAGUCAUUUGCAAAGCUGGACAACAAACGGAGAAUCUGACACUGAAUCACUAGAUGGGAGUGAGGCCAGUGACAUAGUAGAGGACAGAAGGAGGAAAAAUGUUGAAAGAGGUGUGGGAAGAUGGAGAGAAGAUGGAAAUAGACUGAACAGAAAUAAAGACGAAAGUAGGGGUGUCCUUAAAGUGUCACAAACAAAUGUAGCAUCACAAGGUGUGGAGACGCAAUAUCGUAGACAAGUCAUUGCUCCACGCGGCAGAGGAGGAGGGAUUCUGGUGCUCCCCUCCCGCACUGACAUCUCACAGCCGGCUGAGGUGGGACAGAGACUUUUUGGGGGGAUUCGUGGAGGAGCAGCAUCUCGAAGCAGAGGGGGGAGGGGAGGUGGGAUGAGGAGACUGUGGGACCCCAAUAACCCAGAUCAAAAGCCAGCUCUUACAAACAUACAGCAGAACUCAACUCAUCAGCAACAUGCGUAUUUUCAGACAGGAACAGGCUACGGCCAGCUCCACUUCCUCGACACAGAUGAUGAAGUGGCAGGUAGUCCCCCAGUACAACAGGGGGAGCACAUUCGAUCCCAGCAGGCAGCAGCCAUGGCUUAUUAUAAGUUUCAAAACUCUGAUAAUCCUUACUGCUAUCCUGUGUCCUCCAACAACCCUACAGCUACCAGCAACCAGCGUUAUGUCUAUCCUUAUAUGGGACCUUACCAAAUGGCCAAUGGCAUGUACACUGGUUCUGCAGUGGGGCAGUUUGUGGGGCCGUACAGAGGAGGUUACGGGCAACCUGGUACGGGAGGUAAUGUGUCGUAUGAAGAGGCAGAACAACAAGCCAGAGGGGAGCUGGGGCGCCUGCUGCGGGCUGCAGACGCUCAUGAGGUCCAACUCAGUAACCUACUGUCCCGAGACAGGCUGAGCAUGGAGGGACUAGAUCGCAUGGGUCAGCUCAGGGCAGACCUCCUGUCCCUUUAUGAACAGGUCAUUUUAUCAGACAUUGAGUUCUCUGAUUCUCAAAAUGUGGACCAGGCUCUGUGGAAGAAUGUCUUUUAUCAAGUUAUCGAACGCUUCCGCCAGUUGCUUAAAGACCCCAACCAUGAGAGCAACCCGAGCACCAGAAACACACUGCUCACUCUGCUGGAUGAGGGAGCACUGUUUUUUGAUACACUUCUUCAGAAACUGCAGACUGUGUACCAGUUUAAACUUGAAGACUAUAUGGACGGUGUGGCCAUAAGAGCUAGACCACUGCGUAAAAUGGUAAAGUAUGCUCUGAUUAGUGCCCAGCGCUGUAUGAUCUGUCAAGGCGACAUCGCACGUUACAGAGAACAGGCCAGUGACAGUACAAACUACGGCAAGGCUCGCAGCUGGUAUCUCAAGGCUCAGCAGAUUGCUCCUAAAAAUGGCAGGCCAUAUAACCAAUUAGCUCUUCUGGCUGUCUACACUAAAAGGAAGUUGGAUGCUGUGUAUUACUACAUGCGGAGCCUGGCAGCCUCUAACCCUAUUCUGACAGCAAAGGAGAGCCUUAUGAGUUUAUUUGAAGAAUCUAAGCGCAAGGCAGAGCAGAUGGAGAGGAAGAUGAAGCAGGAGUCUGAUGAUGGUUCUAGGGGUCCCGCAGUGAGAGGGCGAGGCAGAGAGGACCGAGCCAGAGUGGAGAUCUGGAUCCGACCCACAGCACAGACCCCUGGCCUUUCCCAGCGUGGGGGCAGCGAAUCCAGCAGAGACUCUGAGCAGGAUGGAGAUAUGGGCACUCUCAGCACCAGUGAUCUGAAUAAAAGGUUCAUUCUGAGUUUCCUGCAUGCACACGGGAAGCUCUUCACUAAAGUGGGGAUGGAGUCCUUCCCUGGAGUGGCCUGUCGUGUCCUGCAGGACUUCAGGACACUGCUACAGCACAACCCGUCUGUGCUGGGCAGCACUCUCCUGCUGCAGAUCAUUACCAUCAACAUGUUCACCAUCCACAACUCACACAGCAGAGGGGAGGAAGAAGAGGCACGGUCUGUUUUACAGGAGCAGAGUACGGCCCUUGGUCUGGCUAUGUUUGCUCUUUUGGUGCAGCGCUGCACUGAACUUCUCAGAGGGACCCUGACUGACCCUAUCUCCACUGCAGAUGACAAACAGGAGCCAAUGGUAAGGGUCUCUACAUUUCCCAUGGACCUGCGAGAACUCCUGCCCAGCAUCAAAGUCUGGUCUGACUGGAUGUUGGGACAACCGGAUCAGUGGAAUCCCCCGCCCUGCACCAUAGAGUCAGGGUCCAACCCUGAUGUGUGGCAGUGCUUGGCUGACCUGUGUAAUGUGCUGGCCCGUGUGGACCAUGAGGAGGUACCUCUGUAUAAAAUGGACUCUGACGAGAUGGAGGGCGAUGAGGAUCUCAUCCUGCUGCAGCUCAAAGAGGACAGACUGCUCGCUGGGUUUGUGCCACUACUGGCUGCUCCACAGGAACCGUGCUACACGGACAAACAGACAGAUAUGACUAUCGCAGCUGACUGUAAGAGAGUAACAGUGCUGAAGUACUUCCUUGAAGCCUUGUGUGGACAGGAAGAGCCUCUACUGGCCUUUAAAGGGGGCAAAUAUGUGUCUGUGGCAUGUCCUCCUCCAAGCACAAAUUUAACAAAUUGCCACGUUCUUCCAGUAGAGAAAGAGGCGGAUGAUGUGAUUGUGGAGGCAGAGUCCUCUGUCUCUGCGUCAGAGGCAGAUGAGAUUGAAGAGGCCGAUGAUGGUGAAAAUGGCAUUAAGCAGCUGAGGGCGCGACGCCACGCUCUGGUGAACAAACUGGCCAAAGAACAGAAAAGAAGGGAUAAAAUCCAGGCUGUGCUGCAGACCAGAGGACAAUUGGAGCUGGAGGUGCAGCCUUUCUUUUUGGUUCCCGACACCAAUGCAUUCAUUGAUCAUUUGGAUGGACUGAAGAAAUUGCUCCAGAGCAGCACUUACAUAAUUGUUGUGCCACUAAUCGUGAUUACUGAGCUGGAUGGUUUGGCCAAAGGGCAGGACAAUGCAGGAGGGGUGGGGUCCGGUGGCCGUUCAAACUCUAAUGUAAGUGCUCACAUAAAGGCGGUGCAGGAGAAGGCCAAAGCUGCCGUGUUUUUUCUGGAGAAAGGUUUUGAGUCCCGUGAGCCCUGCCUCCGAGCUCUCACCAGCCGUGGAAAUCAGCUCGAGUCAAUUGCCUUUCGCAGUGAGGACACAUCUGGACAACAGGGCAACAAUGAUGAUGUCAUUUUGUCCUGUUGUCUUCAUUACUGCAAAGACAAAGCAAAGGAUUUUAUGCCUGAUAAGAAAAAUGGGACACAGAGGUUGCGGAGAGAGGUUGUCCUUCUCACUGAUGACCGUAACCUUCGGGUCAAAGCUUUAACACAUAAUGUCCCAGUGAGAGACAUCCCAGCCUUUCUGAGCUGGGCUAAAGUGGGCUGAACCGGGUCAACAACAAACUGUGAGGAGCCCAACCGCUAAAGUCUGCUUGCUUCUCAGUCGGACGAGAAGACACUUAAGCAGAGAGAGAAGAGCAAUCAGAGAAGAGGGAAGAGUUGAGAAGGCAAGAGAACCACUUGUGGAGUAAAAGUUGUGAGUGCAGGGUGGCUUUUGUGUGUAUUUGUGUUAAGAUCAGAGAGCUUCCCCAGAAAAGGUCAGAUAAGUCUUGGUAAGGCUUGACUUAAAAAGAGGGGCGAGAGCAGUGAUGUGCCUAUGUCCAGUGAGACAUGAGUGUCUGCUUAGCUAGUGUGUAAGAAAGGAGCUAGCAGUAUUAAAGGAGACUGAGCAAAGGAGGGGGACAGAGCUAUGGUGCAGAGCAAACAACAUAAACACGUCCCAAAUCUCAUACAAGGUCAGCUCAGUGAACAGGAGGAGACAACUGGAAUUUACAGAACUCUUGAAACUGGAAGUUCUUAUUUAGAAUCCAGUUUCAUACAACGUUUGAUUUUGGUAAUAACCAUUUACUUUCUGUUGAUAAUUAUAAUAAUUUAUUACUCCUACCCUGUUUUCGUUACCACAAGUCAGUCAAGUCAGUUAGCAGUAUGGAGAUUCUUUUGUUGCACUUAUCACAAAGGAUCCUAUACUAUGAUUUCUCUCUAAGAAUACAAUCUGCUCUGACCUUCACAAAGCUUUUUUUUUUUUCCUCUUUUUUUUUCAAAUUCACAAACUUGCUUGUGUUGAUUUUUCACAAGAAUUUGAUCAUUUUUAGAUCUUGGUUCUGCUUUGAUUAGUUUGAAUACUAAAAUGUGGCAUUACAAUUAAAAUCUAAAUCCUAAUUGACUAGAUGUGCUGCCAGUACUAUAGGCUCAUUUAAUGUGCAUUUAUUGUCCUCCAAAUCUUAAGUUAUUUUUUUUAUUUUCUUUUGCCUGCUGUAAGUUUGUGUUGCUACAGUGUUUUAACUGUUAAUGGUUGUGGGAGUGCAGCUGUAAACCAACCUUUUUAUUGUGCUUCAUUAAACAUUUUAAAUAUUGGCAUA